AUAAGUUUAUGCUUUAUGAUAAAUGUUGAAUUCCCUAAUUUGUUUCAGAAUUGCAAAGCUUAUGCAAAGAAAGUCAUUCAAUAUAUACCAGUUUUGGGUUGGGCUUGGAAAUGCUCAGAAUUCGUAUUUCUAGAGAGAAAUUUUGACAAAGACAGGAAAGUUAUAAAUAAACAAAUUACCGAAUUAGCCGAACAUCCUGAUCCUAUAUGGCUACUACUCUUUCCAGAAGGUACUCGCUUUACUAAGAAAAAACAUGAAGCAUCUGUCGAAUUUGCUGCCAAACAUAAUUUACCACUACUAAAGCACCAUCUGUUGCCCCGAACAAAAGGGUUCAUAGCUAGUCUCCCAUCAAUGAAAGGCAAAGUGCCUGCUAUUUACAAUAUUGAAGUUGCGUUUAGAGAAGAUGCCCCAUAUAAACCGACCAUUACUACUAUGUUACUAGGAAAGCCGACAACCGCCCAUAUUUACUUCCAAAGAAUACCGCUGGAGGAAGUGCCUGAUAAUUCCGCAGCUCAGGAGUCAUUUUUAAGAGAUAUAUUUAUAGAGAAAGACAAAAUAAAGGAGAGCUUUAUCAACACAGGUGAUUUCUUUGAAACAUCAGGAGUAGCUCGUGUGGAUUCGUUUGUAGUAAAGCCAAGGCUGCAUUCUAUAUUCAAUUUCAUCUUCUGGAUAUUGAUUACUUUAGUUCCUAUGUCAUAUUACCUAAUGAAAUUAUUGUUUAGUGGCGAAUUAGUUUAUUUUUCAAUUGGCGCAGGAAUCCUUGGAGCAUUCUAUAUACUGAUGUGUAAAACCAUCGGCAUGACCGAGAUUGACAAAGGAUCCUCAUAUGGAGUUGGAGCUGAAACACCUCCUAAGAAGUCUAAGUAGACUUAACAUUCAACAUUAAAGUUUUCAGGUCUCCCUGUGAUUAGUUUCCCUCUAUCUAGAGUAUCUGAUGAUUAGUUAGUCUUUGUGUCAAUACUCAUUAAAAACAUUUUUCAAUUGUAAAAACCUCGGAUAUUGUACAGGGCUAAAUGAAAGUGUUAACUUUAAAUUAUUUAUUUUAAUUGAUAUGAAGUGUAGAUAUUUAUUUAAAAAAUCUGUUUAUAUGUAAUUUUAUUAAAAUACAGAUUUUUAUAAUUGAAAA